AUGGCCCUGACCGAAGAUAAUGUUCUCGCUCUUAUUGCCCAACCGCGAACCAUAUUGCUCUUGUCUCUACUCGGCACCAUAAUCUGUACCGUCUCCUGGGUCAUAGGCCUCAUCCGGGAUCCUCUCCGAAGCAUUCCAGGCCCCACUGUAACACGAUACACGGCGCUGUGGUAUCUCCGCAAGAUAUAUAAAGGAGAGUUCCAUCAUGAAAGUAUCCGGCUACACGAGAAGCACGGGAAAAUCGUCCGCAUCGCGCCAAACAUGUAUAGCAUCGACGAUAUAGACGCCGCAAAGACCAUCUAUGGGCACGGAACCAAGUUUCUCAAGGCGGACUGGUACUCCUCGUGGACGGCGCCGGCAGUCUGGAGCGUCAAUCUCUUUGCCAUGCAGGAUGCCAAGGCGCAUGGGGUUGUUCGGCGGCAGUUUGCCAAGUAUUACUCCAUGACGUCGAUGGUGCAUUACGAGGGGUAUGUUGAUGACAGUAUCCGGGCAGCUCGAGGCGUUUUCGGGGCGCGGCGGGCGCUGGAUAUGGGUGCUUGGUUGCAGUAUUAUGCUUUUGACGUGAUUGGCAACAUUACGUUUGGCAAAGCAUUCGGGUACCUUGACAGGGCAGAAGACAUCAACAACAUGAUUGCAAAGCUGGACCAGAGCAAUCUGUACAGCGCCCUAAUGGGUCUCUUCCCCUCUGCCCAUGCCCUCAUCGUCCGCGUCGCUGAGUCCCCGGCGCAAGUCAUGAUCGACUAUAUAAAGGAUUUAAUCUCCCAGGAAAAGGCAAAACCAAAGGCCGUAAAAGACGAUAAGCCGAUCCAAGAAAACAAAAACAACGACGACAAUAACCCCGCACGAACAGAAGCCUUCCUCCGCAAAUUCCUAACGGCCCAUGACCGGGACCCUUUGACCUUUACCUCAACACACCUUCUCUUCGGAUGCGUGCAGAACAUCUUUGCGGGAAGCGACACCACCGCCAUUGCUCUUUCCUCAAUCAUCUUCCACCUCACGCGCAACCCAUCCUGCCUGGCGAAGCUGCGGGAGGAAAUCAACGCCGCGGCGGCCGAUGGCACCAUUUCCGACCCCGUUACUUUUGCACAAAGCCAGAGUCUGCCUUACCUGCAGGCUGUGAUCAAGGAGGCCCUGCGCAUAAACCCGGCUGUGGGGCUGCCUCUUGUCCGUGUGGUGCCUGCAGGCGGGGCCAUGCUUUGUGGCGAGUUUUUCCGGGAAGGGACAGUAGUCGGAAUAAACCCGUGGGUAGCGCACUACAACAAAUCCAUCUUCGGCACGGAUGCGCACGUCUUCCGACCUGAACGGUGGCUAGGCCAGGGCCAAGAUAAGGACAAGGAUAAAACCGAGAGCUCGCAGACAAGCAGCAUGGAUCAAUAUUUCCUUCCAUUCGGCCUGGGCUCCAGGACGUGUAUUGGCAAGAAUAUCAGUCUGCUGGAGAUUGGCAAGCUGGUCCCGCAGCUGGUGCGGAAUUUCGACUUUGAGCUUGUGAGUCGACAGGAUGCGCUGGCUGGGCAGAAUCACUGGUUUGUUAAGCCGUAUGGGUUCGAGGUUAUUCCUUGCAAACUAUAA